AUGGGUGAUCUGGCAGACAAGUUUGGAGAACUUGCCUGCCAGUUUGGAGAACUUGUCUGCCAGUUUGAAGAACUUGUCUGCCAGUUUCUGACACCAGUGUCUGGUGGACAAGUUCUCCAAACUUGUAUGCCAAUUUUGGAUAAUUUUCAGACCAGUUUGGAGAGCUUGUCUGCCAUUUUCUGGCACCAGUGUCUGGCAGACAUGUUUGGAGGAAAUGUGGAUUAUCUUAUUUCUUGGAUUCCGGAUGACAAAUGUCGCUUGAGUAUACGUCAUGGCGGCGCCUAUCAAAAUCUCACUGGGUCACCUAUUCACGCCAUCCGCCGCAGUUCUAGUCAGACGUCCUCCAGCUGCGGAGGUGAAGCUUACCUGAGUUCGAAUGCCAUGCAUAACGGUAUCGGCUUAGCGACCCCCAGAGGGUCCGGAACGAACGGUUAUGUUCAGCGGAAUAGCGCCUCAAUCCGACGUAUCGAGCGAACUGACUACAAGACGGAAGAUCAGCUGCAGCAGAUGGAGAAAAAGGCGAAUCGGGCGCCGAAUGUUGAGCUUAUUGACCACGAACGGAAGCGACAGCUUGAAGUUAAAGUUACAGAAUUUCAAGAUGAACUGGAAACCACUGAGUCGGACUUGGAUUUGAUCGAUAAAUUGGUGAACGAGUAUCGUCAAAAGCUCAUAGAGGAGUUCAAGUUGGAGGAACGUGUAUCCAACAUACACCCUACUCGGCAACCCCGUGGGUUGACUUGGAAUCCCAUUUCACGCGUGAGAUCUAGUCUCGGACCCCUCUGGCCCCCCUCUCCCGAGGGUUCCCCAGCCCCUGGUAUUUCAUCUUCCUCUGGAGAAGCGACUCAGUCGGGUCUUCCCAGCCACUGCCCAGCCCCGUCUGUGAAGCCACAAAAAUGCCGACGGGACAUCAGCGACUCUUUUGUCUUCCAGUAUCACAAACCGUAG